UCAAGAGAGCCUAUCCACAAGCAGAAGCUAUAAAUCAAUCAAACCCCAGACAGAUAUCUGAAACACAAAGUUUGAAAAUUAAGAGAGAGAUAAAUCAAACAAUGGUCACUCUCUUCACUUUAUCUUCUUCAUCCUCCACUUUCCUCUUCCCUACUCCAAGAACAAAGCUUUCUACAACACUCACACACUUCUCGUUACCGAAGACACCAACCCAUCUCAAGAAACCUGUCCUUGCUGUGACCUCUCUUUCUUCCCCAUUGCAAUGCGACCCAUCACUCCCUCCAGCUGUUCAAACCUUCUGGCAAUGGCUCCGAGACGAAGGCGUGGUCUCUGCCAAGUCCCCUGCAGCAAAGCCUGCUCUGGUCCCUGAAGGCAUGGGGCUCGUUGCCCACAGAAACAUUGGUAAAAACGAGGUCGUUUUGGAGGUUCCCAAGAGGCUCUGGAUAAACCCAGAUGCCGUUUCAGCCUCCGAGAUUGGAAAUGUUUGUAGUGGGUUGAAGCCUUGGGUGUCCGUUGCUCUGUUUUUGCUCAGAGAGAAGUACAGAGACGACUCCAAGUGGAGGCCUUACCUUGAUAUUCUUCCUGAAUCCACCAAUUCAACUGUGUUCUGGUCAGAAGAGGAGCUUGAUGAGCUUCAAGGAACCCAACUUUUGAGCACAACAAUGGGUGUAAAAGAGUAUGUGCAGAGUGAGUUUCUAAAAGUGGAAGAAGAAAUCAUCCUCCCUAACAAGCAGCUUUUCCCAUCUCCUAUCACACUGGAUGACUUCUUUUGGGCAUUCGGUAUACUCAGAUCCAGGGCAUUCUCGCGCCUCCGCGGUCAAAACCUUGUUUUGAUCCCACUUGCAGACUUGAUCAACCAUAGUUCCAGCAUAACCACAGAAGAGCAUGCAUGGGAGAUCAAAGGAGCAGCAGGUCUUUUCUCUUGGGAUUAUCUGUUUUCUAUACGGAGCCCAGUUGCUCUCAAGGCUGGUGAGCAGGUUUUCAUCCAAUAUGAUAUAAACAAGAGCAAUGCUGAGUUUGCUUUGGAUUACGGAUUUAUAGAUUCUUCCAAUGCAAAUCGCGAUGCAUUUACCUUAACACUGGAAAUAUCCGAGUCAGACCCAUUUUAUGGUGACAAGCUGGACAUUGCUGAGUCUAAUGGUUUGGGAGCAACUGCAUACUUCGACAUAUUUUUGGACCGUUCACUCCCACCUGCAUUGAUUCCAUAUCUGCGGCUGGUAGCUCUUGGAGGUACCGAUGCUUUCCUCUUGGAAUCUAUAUUCAGGAACACUAUCUGGGGACACCUUGAGCUGCCUGUGAGCCCUGCCAAUGAAGAGCUCAUAUGUCGAGUGGUACGCGAAGCCUGCAAAUCUGCUCUUUCUGCCUAUCCCACCACCAUUGAAGAGGAUGAGAAGUUAAAAGAAUCAAAACUGGAUCCAAGGCUUGAGAUUGCAGUAGGAAUAAGACAUGGAGAGAAGAAGGUGCUUCAGCAUAUUGAUGGGAUUUUCAAGGAUAGGGAGUCAGAACUACGUCAAUUGGAAUACUACCAGGAAAGGAGGCUCAAGGAUCUUGGCCUCUGCGGGGAGCUAGAAGACAUCAUCUUCUGGGAGCCCAAGUAGGGCAAAUUCAUGUCACUGAGAAGUCAUAAGUAGUUCUAGUUUACAGUUUACCUUGCUAAAAAUGCCAGAAUUCUGUGAAGGUUGGAAUGAGAAAAUGACGGAUCCCAGAAGCAUAUCCCAGAGAUUUUAUUUUU